AAUCGAAGCAAAUAGUUCAGCGCAAAUAGCUAAGGCAACCUAACGGAUUCGACAUAUCCCGUUCUUGCGCCUCACAAGUGAAUCCUGACGACCGCCAUGCCGCGCACAUUUCUUGUAAGACAGGCCGUGGGAGUAGCCAUAAAAUAAUUUCAUAUUCCAAUAUCUUGAAUCUUCAAAGUUCAAACUGUUCUUAUACCGGGUGCUGGAAAGAAAAAACCAACCUCUCCCCGAUCAGAGUUCUCAGUGCUGAAACCCAUCAGAAUUCAAACAGGAUUUAGUGCUUCUUCACUUCAAAUAAGCAGCAGCACCUCGAGGUGAAGGAAACCAACUCUCUCUUCCUUUUCUUUUUCUCUGAGUUAUCAUAUCUAAGGAAAAACAAAUCUGUUUUAUGGUUGAAUCUCCACGAAUUAGGCGGAGGCAGAGAAGCGCCACAACAGUGAACAGGAGCUGCAAGAGCCGAAGCGUGGCAGGGAAGGAGAAGACUUGGGAUUUUUGCUCGAUUCGUUGAUUCCACCUAAACCGAAGGAAGAGCUUGGUGUGUUUAGACAAGGUUGGGAGAGACCAGCAAAUGUCUUCAAAGCAACUGAGACAUUUAAAAAGCAUGUGGCAAAGCAGGCAAAAGAUUAUCAGGGCAAUAGGCAAGAGCCUGCUCAAGCUGAUGCUAGCAUGAACCUCAAGAUGUGGACAUUCUUGUCAAUCUGGAAUUUGAUCAAUGAAACCUUUAACUGAAACUUGCUACAGAAGACAGAAACUGAUGAAGCAUCAAAGGAAUUUAUUGGAAGUUAGAAAUUGAUCCAAGUGCAGAGAAAGUUAGAAAUUUUAUUGCUCACGAUUGUG